UCACGUGAGUGUAUCAUGUGAUUAUUCAUUUACACAGUGCUACCCUGUACUCUGUCUGCGGAAACUCUUUGGAAACUGCAUCCGAACUACCAGGUUGUUAAAGGAGUAUGCGGUACUGUGCUGCUAAUAUCUGAGCUCUGCCUCCACUUCAAGUCAUCUGAUAACAAUGACACUGCACAUGGGGAUCUUGUGUGUGGCUCUGCUGGGCCUCAGCUCAGCACUGGUCUGUCCUGACGGAGGCAUGUGUGAAGACAAAAACACCUGCUGCAAGAACAGUGUGGGAGGAUACAGCUGCUGCCCGCUCUCACAUGCUGAGUGUUGUUCAGACCACCUCCACUGCUGCUUUGAGGGGACCCUGUGUGAUCUGGUCCACCAGAUGUGUGUCAAUAAGACAGUCUCCCUGCCCUGGAUGAGACGACUCCCAACCAGCCACGCCCUGCUUGGUCCUCAGCUCAGUGAGAACAUGAAGGCGGUCAUUUGUCCAGACCAGACGUCAGAGUGUCCUGAUGGCACUACUUGCUGCCAGCUUCCCGACGGCUCCUGGGGCUGCUGUCCAUUAGUCAAGGCGGUGUGCUGUGAGGAUAAACGCCACUGCUGCCCAGAGGGAACCAAGUGUGAUGUUCUUCACUCCAGCUGUGUCUCUGCCUCCCUGGAGUCCUCCCCCAUGAUGGAGAAAGUGCCUGCCAAAAGGAGGGAGAGGAAGCCAGCUUUGACUUUUGGUUCAGUGACUUGUCCUGAUGGGACCAGCAGCUGCCCAAAUAGUUACACAUGUUGCCUGCUCACCAGUGGAGACUACGGCUGCUGCCCCUACCCAGAGGCCACGUGCUGCAGCGAUCACCUCCACUGCUGCCCAAGCAACACCGUGUGUGACCUGGAGCACAGUGUCUGCAAGUCUGGAGAGACACACGUGCCACUGCUGAAGAAGAUCCCAGCUUUACCCACCAUCAGGAGUGCUGUUCCCUGUAAUGAAUCCGUGGUUUGUGAUGACGGAAGCACCUGCUGUAAAUUGCCAGCGGGAACAUGGACCUGUUGUCCUUUACCUGAGGCCGUGUGCUGUGAGGACCACCUGCACUGCUGUCCCCAUGGUACCAUUUGUAACCUGGCAGCCUUCACAUGUGAUUAUGCUACAGGCAACGCUUUGGUGCCCUGGCUUGCCAACACACCCGUCUUCCCCUUACUGACUGACAACAGCAAGUGUGAUGAAUCCACAUCAUGCCCUGGAAGCUCCACCUGCUGCAAGACGGCAGGUGGAACCUGGGCCUGCUGUCCUCUGCCUCAGGCUGUUUGCUGUGACGACCGCAUCCACUGCUGCCCUUACGGCACCGUGUGCAACCUGGAGGCUAAAACGUGUGACAACCCGACUGGUUCCCCAGCGGCCAUCCCCUGGCUGGAAAAAGUCUCUGCUCUGACCGUUUCAGAUGAGAAGUGCGACCAGCAGACCAUAUGUCCGAGAGGCUCCACCUGCUGUAGGAGCAACUCUGGACAGUGGGCCUGCUGCCCCUUACCUCAGGCUGUGUGCUGUGACGAUCAUGAGCACUGCUGCCCCAAAGGCUACAGGUGUAAUGUGGCUGAGCAGACUUGUGACAAGCCUGGAGGCCUGAGCCUGCCCUGGCUGCAGAAGGAGCCCAGCCAGGCUGUGUCCAGUCCAGGUCGGCCAGCCGGGACCAGGUGUGACACCCAGACCAGCUGCCCAAAGGAUACCACCUGCUGCUUCAUGGACAAGAGCCACCAGUGGGGCUGCUGCCCUCUGCCAAAGGCGGUCUGUUGUGAAGAUGGAAGCCACUGCUGCCCCAGCGGUCACACCUGUGACCCACACCGCUCCUCCUGCUUGAAGGGCCCCCGCAUUAUACCCUGGUUCACCAAACUGAGCGCACUGAGUGAGUCGGGCGCCGUGACAGAUGUCAAAUGUGACAACAAGAGCAGCUGCGCGUCAGGAAUGACCUGCUGUAAACUAUCACAGGGAGACUGGGGCUGCUGCCCUCUGGUCAAGGCCAUCUGCUGUGCAGACCACGAGCACUGCUGUCCUCAGGGCUACACCUGCAACAUGCAAACCGGAACAUGUGAGAAGAAGAGCCACGACGUGCUGGUCCACACCCUCCCUCAGAGCAGAGUGGUGAUGAGAGAUGCUGAGGACGGGGCGGAUGUACUGUGUGACAGCACCGGGGUGUUUCAUUGCUCCAAACAGGACACGUGCUGUAAGAUCUCAGUGACAGAGUGGGCCUGCUGCCCCUCACCCAGGGCUGUCUGUUGCUCAGACUCAAAGAGCUGCUGCCCUGCAGGCUACUCCUGUGACCUGAGUGCUGGCGGCUGCACGCCCAACACCCAGCUGACCUGGGACAGAAGGAGAGACGUUGUCCCUCAUGGACUUUAAUCCUACUAAGAUGCACUGACCUUUUCUAACCUUCAUUCCACAGUAUGUUGUCUGUGAACACUAAGGGAUUCUUCGCUUUCUCUUUGUGGUGUCUUUAAUAGAAAUGUAUUUCAUGCAAUCCAGAGUAUUGUUGUUAGAUAUGGAUAUAUUUGGUGCAAGACAGGAAGCAAAUGCACAUGCUGCAGUUUGAAAUAGCCUCUCAUUCACUGAAGUUAUUUUACUACUUUAUUUAGCAGGUGUUGUUCAUUGCACCUGGGGAAGAUUCAUCAUCAUCCUGUUCCUUGGAAAAUCAAUAUGUAGACGACAAUGAUUAAACCUUGAUGUAUAUAGUACGGACGCACGUUUCACCAAGGGGAAAUUUGUUAAUAUUUUUCUUGCUCUCAAAAAAAUCCCAUGAAAAGACUAAAACCAACAGUAUGCUAAUCAGUCGCUCAACACUUUGACUCCCUCACCCUGUCUGCGGCUCUUGGCUCCUCUUACUGAAGACAUGAAUCUCUAAAAACAGGAUUAUCUGAGAUACACACACACACAUACACACUAGUUUGUAGGAUCCAUUCAUUGUUGGUUUUUGUCUGGUCAUUUAUUUUGUUGACACUUGGAGAAUCUCACCAGACUGAGUUCCAGCCCACUAUAGUGUUUUUCUGUUUUCUGGUCAUUCUUACUGAAAGUGAGUGGUUGCCCAGUGCUGUUUCAUUUCUCUAUGAAGAACAGGGACCUUAAAGUACUUUCUGCCUUAUUUUGGGCAGUUUUGAUCAUAUUAAUGCAUCUUAUGUGGUUGAAUAGUUCUUUGCCUCUUUACAUCCCCACUUGAUGAGGAAGCAGUGUUUUCUUUAUUACUAUAUGAGUACAGGUUGUUGACUGAUAACAUGCUGAUCACAAGAGCCAAUUUAAUCAAGUCAUACAACUUUGUUUGGAUGUAUGUUGGUUUUAUUUUUUUCUGAUUCAAGGAGACACCCAAGUUGUGAGUUGUGAAAUGGAGCAACAGUGCAGACUAAUCUCAUGUGGAAAGUUUCUUCAAAGUGUGUGUGUGUGUGUGUGUGUGUGUGAGAUACUCUUGGUAUGUACAGGUGGCUUGUACCUUCUAUAAUUUAACUCUAAGAGGUACUGGUCAGUCAGUAUGAGUUGUCCCGUUUCUGCCUGAGGAAAAGAACAAACAUGCUUUUAAUUUUUUUAU